AAAACUGGCGAACGUUCAGGACUGUAAACAAUUCUCACAAGAGCAAGACCGACCCGUGUUCGACCAUUAGCAUUACUUCAGUGUUAUAUUCUGUAUUUACCACACAAGAGACCCGGCGUUAAUGUGAAUUAGGUUCCCUGUUAGAUAGUUUGGAGUUUACUCCCUAACCUGAGCUACAAGUUACAGUAAUACUGUCUUCCUAGUGGGUACUCAAAUCUACCAUGGGAACCACAGUAUAAAAGCAAGAGCUUCAUCUCUUAAACCCCAGCCAUAGUUUCCUUGGGCUAGUUGUCUUCAAUUAAUCCAUAACUAGCUGUCUUGUGCUGUCAAGCAUUAAUUUGCCCUCCUUCAGAUGUCAACAAUCUUCUUUGAAUGUUUUAUUAUUCUGAGGUUUUUUAUGUGAAAAAAUAUGGCACUGAGGAGUUUUGGUCAACUUUUACGGACAAACUUUGGCCUUCCACUACUGCAGACAGUACGACAUAGAACCAGAAUACCAAAUCUCCGUCGUCCAGCUAUUCCUCAUUGGCGACGGGCAGUCAUUCUGGCACUUACAAAACCUCAGUAUGAAGAUCCAUUGAAAGAUAUUCCUGUUUCUGAAUCAUGCCAAAAGAGAGAAAAUUUUCUGAAGAAAGAUGAAGUGGAGGUUAAUCAGUUUGAACAGAUACUGGCUAAGGAAAUGCUUGCAAAAGUUGAAGAAUCUAAUGUCAUAAUAGUGUUUCAUCGCAAUCCCAUGAGUGAACCAGAGCUUUUUGCUAAUCGUAUACAACUAUCAAAAAUAGGUUUAUAUUAUCAUCAUUGUAAUAAUAAGAUUGUUAAACUGGCAUUGACAGGCACCAAGUAUGAAGCCCUCCUUCAACUCUAUCACUCCAGAACUGCCACAUUCUUAGGAACUGAAGUUAAAAUACCGAGGUUGCUAAGGAUGAUGAAGAAAGUGAGAGGUCUAGUGCUUAUGGCAGGAGUGGUAGAGGGACGUCUAAUGAAUGUGACGGAUCUACAGCGUUAUGCUGCCUUGCCACCUCUUCCAAUAUUACAUGGUCAACUUGUUGGAAUUCUUCACAGGCCCCUUCAGCAACUUUCCCAGAAUCUCACUCAUCAUCAGACCGAAUUAUCAGGCGCUUUAGGACGCUACAUUUCGGAUCAAACAAAAACAUCUGAAACUCCCGAUGAAGCAAGUUCUGGGUCUAACACAGAACCUGAAGUUUCGUAAAAUAUAUUAUGUUAUUAUGCUGUACAUUUAUCCUGGAUACCAUGUUAAUAAAAGGUUAAUGCCCAAUUUUUUUUUC